AGAAUAUAUACAUACACAUUUGCGUGCAUCUUCUUCCCUCAUAACAAUAAAUUUGCCAGUUGCAACACACUACACUCACAUUCUCAAAUCCACUGCUGUAGACUAACUCAUCGGCGUUCAGUUUCCGGAAAUGUGCAACCUCCGGUGGCUGUUUACUCUGUUUAUCUGCUACGUAUCGUUAACCGUUGCUCAACGAUCUGCUCGUAAAACCAGCCCGUGGUUAACUUUGAAAGGACACCGUCCUUUAGUCGUUGCACGUGGUGGGUUUUCAGGAUUAUUUCCUUCCUCAAGUAUAUAUGCCUACGAACUUGCUUUGACCACCGGUGUAUCCGACAUGAUCUUGUGGUGUGAUGUACAACUCACUAAGGAUAAUGUCGGGAUCUGCCUUCCACAUCUUGAUAUAGCCAAUGGUACAACGAUUUCUUUAGUGCAUGAUAAGGGGAACAAAACCUACCCUGUGAAUGGGGUGCUUACAUCAGGAUGGUUUUCUGUGGAUUUCUCGUUUGAUGAACUAAACAAUGUAUUCUUGGUACAGGACAUCUUUUCUAGAAGUCCAGUUUUUGAUGACUCGUUACAAAUACUUACAGUUGAAGAUGUUGUUAAGGAAGUGAAACCUUCUGGGUUGUGGUUGAACGUUCAGCAUGCUGCAUUCUAUAGCCAACACAAUUUGAGCAUGAGACAUUUUGUUAUCAGCACAUCAAGAAAAGCUAUUAUCAACUACAUAUCAUCUCCUGAAGUUAACUUUCUGAGAAGUAUCGUGACAAGAUUCAAAGCAAGCAAAACCAAACUAGUAUUCCGUUUCCUAGAACAAGAUGAAACAGAACCGUCAACCAACCAAACAUAUGGUUCUCUUUUGACUAAUCUUACUUUAAUCAAGUCGUUUGCUUCCGCAAUUCUAGUUCCUAAAUCAUAUAUUUGGCCUGUGGAUAAAGAUUUUUAUCUGCAACCACCUACCUCAUUGGUGUUAGAUGCUCACAAGGAGGGCCUAGAAAUUUUUGCUUCUGAUUUUAUGAAUGAUGUGUCGUUUGCAUACAAUUACAGUUAUGACCCUGUAGCAGAGUAUCUUUCUUUCGUUGAUAACGGAAAAUUCUCUGUGGACGGUGUGCUUUCUGACAACCCCAUUACUCCAUCUUUAACUUUUGAUUGCUUAUCUCACCUGGGAAAAAACAAAUUGCGACAAGAAAAACCAUUAAUCAUCACAUCUGAAGGAGCAAGUGGAGACUACCCUGGUUGUACUGAUUUAGCAUAUAAAAAAGCUGUUUCUGAUGGCGCUGAUAUUAUUGACUGCCCUGUUCAAAUUACAAGUGAUGGAAUACCGAUUUGUUUAGGUUCUAUAAACCUCCUUGAAAGAACAACAGUUGCACAAUCAGGUUUUAACAACCUUACAUUACUCGUUCCUGAGCUUCAUCAAGGUUCUGGAAUAUUUACCUUCAGCCUCACUUGGAGCCAGAUUCAGAGCUUGAGACCUGCAAUCUCCAACACAUAUUCAAACGAAUCUCUGCUUCGGAAUCCAAAAUUUAAGAAUGAUGGAAACUUUAUGACGUUGGCCAACUUUCUGCACCUUGCAAGUAAUGCUACAUCUAUUUCUGGUGUCUUGAUCAACAUUAAGAAUGCACCAUACCUAGCAGCAAAUCAAGGAUUCAGCAUUGUAGAUGCAGUGACGGAAGUACUGAAUAAAUCUACUUACAAAGAUCAAAAAAACAAGAAAAUAUUAAUCCAGUCUUCUGAUGGCGGGGUUUUGAAACUAUUCAAGGCAAAAAGCAACAGGCACGAGCUUGUUUACGAAGUUAAUGAAAACAUUCGUGAUGCCCUAAAUUCAACAAUUUCAGAAAUCAGCGAGAUUGCUAAUUCUGUUGUUGUUGGUAAAGAUUCGAUCUUCCCUAAAAAUGCAGGAUUUCUUAUUGGUCAAACUGAUGUUGUGACCAAGCUUCAAGCAUUUAAGCUCCCGGUUUACGUGCAGAUUAUGAAUAAUGAGUUCCUUUCACAGCCAUGGGACUUCUUUUCUGACCCGUAUGUUGAAAUAAAUACAUAUGUAGUGGUAGCUAAUGUCGACGGCGUUGUUACAGAUUAUCCAGCUACUGCAGCCCGUUACAGACGGAACCGGUGUUCAGGAUUACCAUCAGAUCAGAUCCCACCAUACAUGGAACCUUCGAAACCAGGCCAGUUACUGGAUUUCAUGACACCACAGUUAAUGCCACCAGCUGAGGCCCCCAACCCCAUCCUAACCGAUGCUGACGUAGCAGAUGCACCUAUCCCUCCUGCCACAAAGAAAGCACCUCCGCCAUCUGGUAAUUCAACAUCACCUAGUGGUCAACCACCUAAAGCCACCGCCAGGGUCCUGCUGUCUUCUUUGAUCACCGUCGCGGUUAUCUUUCUCAUGGUUUGAAAUGAUGUAUUGGCGAUUACAUGGUUAGUUUUGAUUUAUAACUAUAUUUACAACCAUUAUGUGUUGCCUUUAUAAUGCACUAAUUAAUAAAUAGCAAUGAAAAUAGUUCAUACAAGAUAUUGAUGAUGGUA